AUGCGCCUUCAGAAGGCACUUCUUGGCUGGUCCAUCGUCAUCCGUUCAAUCCUCGGUGCAUUCGCUGGUAGUGCAGGAAAUAUCAAGCCAGAUUUGUCCCGGGGCACACCAUCUCUUGAGAACCAGCUUCGUCGAGAUGCAGAGGACUUCUUAGCCGCUCUUACGAGGUCGCAAGUACAUUCAGUGAUCGCACAUGCACCUAGAUUACGGGCAGCACGGCAAGUUGGCGAUGCUUCAAGAUUCGACCCGAUUGCAUGGGAGACUGCGACCGAACAAGCAUGCCAGACAGCCCUAGGCGCUCUUCAAGGAAGAGCCUCUAACCCUUCGGGAAUAGCGGUGUGCUACAACCUGCCCUCUCUUGACAAUGUUACUGGCAUCUUCCAAGCCGAGAUGCGUAUGUACAAUAUCACGCCGCCUACAGGACCAUGGACCGGCAUAACCAGCCAAGACAUCAGCUUGACGCUGUCGUAUCUGGAUGCUACCGUGCAAGCUACCGAAGGCACGCUCAUCAAGCGCGAAGACAUCCCUUUAUCUCCCAUCAAAUACAAACACAAAACACAGCUUUUUAAAAGGCAGGACCGAGGCCUUUCUAGGAUUGAGACUAUGAACUACGUGGGUCAGAUCAACAGCACCUUGAUGAGUUCUGGGAUGAGCGAAACACAGUUGCAGUCUGUCCUUGCACCAGCUAUCCGCCUGACCGCCGUGUCUCCAGGAACUGGUGAAGAGGUGACCGCCACUCUCUCCUCCACAGAAGCGUCGUUUCUCAGUGGCGCACUUGCAAAACUAGCUCUUACCCCGACGGAUGCUGCAACUGCCGCCGCCUCACCUUUUGUUCUACCUGGCACCUCGCUGGGUGUGUUUCCCGUAGGACUCAUCGUAACUAUGGCCUGGGUUGUGGGGUUUGCAGGAGCCGUAGGGUAUGGCACCAUUGGCCGUAUCCGCUUCAGAGAUCAAUACAGGCGUCGGAAGAAGAGUGAGCUCGCAAUGGGGAUGCGAAUGUUGUGA